AUGAGUGCACAGAUUCCUCCUGGCCGUGUAGAGACUUUAUCCAGUGACCAAGAGCUACGUUUGAAGCAGGUAUGGUCGCAUUUUUUGAAGCAUUGGGGUGUCCCAGUCGACAGUGCCAAAGUUUUGGCACAGGAGAACAAUCAGAAGCCAUUGAGUACAACAAACACUGCAACUUCAGAGAAUAAGCCUAAAAAGGGUGGCAGCAAGCUGUUUGGACGUUUCAGGAAAUCAGCGCCCGCGCCGAAGUCGGAACCUUUGCACAAGCGAACUUCGUCGGUGACAUCCCAGAGAUCGGCCGAAUCGAUAGAGAGUGCAUACCCACACUCAUUGAUACAUGAGUCUUUGAAGAAUCUGAAGCCUGAGGAGGUGAGGGAGAACUUCUGGGACAUGCUAAGAACUGACUACCCAGACAACCUACUGUUGAGAUUUCUCCGCGCCAGAAAAUGGGACACAGACAAGGCUAUGGGUAUGAUUGCUCACACCUUGCACUGGAGAUUGAAAGAUGCCCAGCCAGAUGAUGUAAUUCGUGGAGGUGAGCAGGCUGCUUACAAAAAUCACGAAGAAGGUUAUGUUAAGAACAUCGAGCUGUCAAAAGCGACAAUCAGAGGUUACGACAAGAAAGGCCGUCCUAUUGUUCUCGUCAGACCCAAAUUGCAUCACGCCAGCGAUCAGAACGAGGAGGAAAUGAAGAAGUAUUGUCUUUUGAUUAUUGAGCAGGCCAGGAUGUUCAUCAGAGAACCUGUCGAUUGUGCAACCAUCCUUUUUGAUCUGACAGGAUUUUCGCUUUCGAAUAUGGACUAUUCACCUGUGCAGUACUUAAUCACCUGUUUCGAAGCGCAUUACCCUGAGUGUCUGGGUCACUUGUUUAUCCACAAAGCUCCUUGGGUCUUUCCUCCCAUUUGGAACAUCAUCAAAAACUGGCUUGACCCCGUUGUGGCAUCUAAGAUCAUUUUCACAAAAAAUAUUAACGAUUUGUCCGAGCACAUUCCCAAAGAGCAUAUCCCAGAAUAUCUAGGAGGGGAGGACACUUAUGAUUUCGAUUCCUAUCAAAGACCAGAUGAGGCAUGUGAUGCCAAACUUAGCGAUGGUGAGACACGUGAAAAGAUUUUAGCUGAAAGAAAGGAAAUUAUUCAAAGAUUCAUUGAUGUCACAGUCAAAUGGAUUGAAUGCUCUUCGGCUACGGAAUCCAAACAACUUCUUGAGGAAAAAAUCGCCAUCAGCAAAGAAUUGAGCAAAAACUAUUCACAAUUGGAUCCUUACAUCCGUUCUAGAUCGGUAUAUGAUGUAAAUGGGACACUAAAGGUCUGA